AUGUCAUACUUCACUCCCGCUUCAAACUCCAACGUUAGCAACAGACGUGGACACUCUCAGGUCCCUUCGCACCACACAUCUUUAUCGCUUCCCUCGUCCAGUGGCGGGUACGCGCAGCCUCCUCCACCAACGAGAGGUGGGUUUAUCCCUCCUCCUGUCGGUGCCAUGCAACCAUCUGGACAAACGGUGCUUGAUUGCCCGCGCUGUCACGAAAUUCUCCCACCCGGUCUUGAUCUCGCCACCCAUUUUAUUGGAUGUGGCGCAGCAGAGCUCCUCACCAAGGCUUUUACGCCCUUUCAUUAUCCUUCCCGGCCGAACCACACGGGGGGUCAGCCCCCCAAUUCCCAACUUCCUCCGCCAAAUUAUAACGGCAGAUCAGGUUCUCGCAGAUGA